AUGUUUGAUGUUGGUGAUGGCAAUAGAGGUAGUGGUGGUGGGAUGGUAGAUGCAUUAAUGGUGGUGGUAAUGAAUAUGUCAAGUGGUGGCAGUGGUGGUGGUGGUGGCGACGGCGGAAUUGUUGGUAGCGAUGACGGUAGUGGGGGUUGUGGUGACGGUAGGGGUAGUGGUGGUAAUGGUGGUGGUGGAGGUGGCAGUGAUGGCUUUAGGGGUGGCAGUGGCAGUGACGGCGAUGGCGGUGGUGGUGAUGAUGGUAGCAGUGGCGGGGGUAGUGGUGGUGCCAGUGACUACGACACAAGUGGUGAUAGUCAUGACAAGAUGAUGGUAGUAGAGGUGGUGAAAUCAUAUAUUGGGAAUAUAUAA